AUGGCUCCAAAGCAAAGUUUAGACCACGUUCACGAAAAGAUAGUGGUUUUAGGCAGCGGAGGCGUGGGCAAGUCAGCUGUCAUCCUUCAGUUUAUACAAUCAGUGUUUGUUGAGGUUUAUGAUCCAACACUAGAAGAUAGCUAUAAAAAGGAAAUAAUUAUUGACUCGACGCCUGUCACUCUUGAAAUUAUUGAUACAGCUGGACAAGAAGAACUCACUAGUCUAAGAGAUAAUUAUGUAAAAACAGGAGACGGAUUUUUAUUAGUUUAUUCUGUGACAUCGAAUCAAUCGUUUGAAGAAAUUGUUGACUUGAUCGAUCAAAUACUCCGAGCAAAGAAUAUUGAUCCAGGUUCACAAAAAGAUAUGCAAUCUCUUUCCGCUGUAAUUAUAGGGAAUAAGGCUGAUUUACAAAAUGAAAGAGCUGUUCCUUAUCAGUCUCUUCAAAAACUAAGUGAAAAAUAUGGAAACCAAAUUUCAAUAUUUGAAACAUCAGCUAAAAACAAUGUAAAUAUUGAAGACUGUUUCAUGACAUUGGCAAGAGAAAUAUUUAACAAAAAAACAGGACGUCAACCUGUUAAAAAAGAUCCAACAGGAAAUACUGGCGAUUCGAAAUCAUGUUGCAUACUAAUAGAACAACAACAACGACGAAACCAUCAUCAACGAUACCCAAGCCACUACUCACAAACGUCUCAAACGGAGGAAAUAAAUCCACCAGCGUCUCCGAUAAGUCUUCAGUCGACCAUGAAUGGUCAAUUUAGUCCAAUAUUUCACAGUAAUAUGAAACAUGAAAAUUCAUCAUCGGAAGAACGAUCAUCCCUUUUACGUUCGAAAGAUAAAAUUUUAUCGAGUCGAGAAUCAAAAAAAUCGCUCGAAGAUUUACCUCCCGAAGAAAUUGAAAGGAAAUUUAUGGAAGAGGAAGUAUCACACAGUUUUCAAUUCAUUGUUGUCACAUCUGUUGUUAUUUGUUUUUUGGCACCCUGUUUAUCUUUUGUGCCGUAUUGUUUUAUGUGUAAAUAUAAGAAUUCUCCAUCAGAAAUUGCUAAAGCAUAUUACAACAUUUCAAGAGCAAUUAUUGUCAUUCUAGUUUUUAUUUUCACAUUACUUGUAUGCAUGAUUGCCAUUCCAUCCUCAAUAGGACUUUCACUGUACAUUAAUAUUAAAAGAUCAACAUGA